AUGGAUCAUAUGGAUGCUGGAUUCGUCGGUCUUGAGAGAUCUCUCAUGGUCAAGACCAAGACCCUUGACAGAUUGACCAAGGAACUCGGUGAGGCAAAGAAGAAGUUGAACGAUGCCAGUGUCGAAUCUGACAAGAAGACUUUCUUGAAGGCACAAAUGCCAAAGAUGGAGACUGAAAUCGGCAACCUCAAGGUUGCCAUCUCUGAGCUUCUUGAAGAAGAUGAACUUGACCCACGAGGAGAAUACUUCAUCUUGGCAAAGACACUUGUCGACUAA